AACUCAAAGAAGUAGCUUAGGGUUUUGAUAUUUCCCUGAUAAAGCAACAGUCUUUUUUAAUUCUCUGUAUUUGUAUACCUGUAAAUUCUUCCGCUUCUUCUUCUCCUUCAACCAUGGCUGUUGAUGUUUCCAGCGACAAAAAAGGACGACAAUCGGAGGAUUCUGUAAAAUUGCAUUCAAGCCCUUGAAUUUUAGGCACUUUUUUCACUUACCCUUUUGCUUGCACGUGGUGGGUUGAUCAACGUCCACGUCAUUUCCUCCGUUGAAUUCCAGAGCCAGAGGAAGUAGGAGAAAAGGAAACUAAUAACGUCGCUCCUUCUGGUUGUUGCUCUCUAUAUGAUUUCAAGUUCGUAGAGAAGAGAAGAUUGGCGUUGAGAAGGGAAAAGGGUGAACAAAAAUGAGAAAAAUUUCAUCAAUCUCUUCACUUUUCAAUCUAGUCUUGGUUCGUCGAAGUUUUUCAGACAAAAUUCACUUAAUUUCGAUUCGUUCUUACUCGGAUCAGCUGUCUUCCCCGAAGCCUCCAGGAAGAUGAGAGAAGAAGAAGAAGAAGAAAAUGUUGAGCCCAUGUUUGUAUGAAGGGCAGCAAACUUGCAGGUCCUCUGCCACAAUACAGAAACUUGGUUGAGCAAGGACGGCUGCAGAAUGAUCCUUAUCAAGAAAAGGUUGCUUUGGCAUUGCAAAAUCUGCUUCAGAGGUUGGAACAGUAUGAAAAAGAUAUGCAGGAAUACCAUAUAAAGCUAGCCAAUUGGGAGAAAAAAAGGGAGGAUGAGCGGCGGAGGCUUUUAAUGGAGGAAGCUGAACUCAAACAGCAAGGUGACUUUUGGACGUCAGUAAAUAAGAGGAGGAUUGAACUGUUAGGAAGAUGGACGUUCAGGAGAAAUGUUGAUGUUGAACCUGGGGUUGGUAAGUGGGUUACCUAUCUCAAUCGAGAAAAGAAGUUGGAUUCACUUGUUGGUCGGCGUCCUACUGCACCUCCUGCCCCAAAAGGACUAUAUAUUUAUGGCAAUGUUGGAAGUGGGAAAACAAUGCUUAUGGAUAUGUUUUAUGGUGCCACUGAAGGGAUUAUUAAGCAUAGAAGAAGGUUGCACUUCCAUGAGGCUAUGUUAAAAAUAAAUGAAGAGAUGCAUAGAUUGUGGAAGAAUCAAGUUGAGGAAAAGUCUUUACAGUCAAGCAUAUCUAGCUGGAUUAUGAAUCUCCCAGUUGAUAUGAAAGUUAAAGAAUGGUUAGCUGCAGAAGAAAGAUAUAAACAAGAGGUUCAGAUGAAAAAUAUUCUUCCUGAAGUAGCAGAUAAGUUUCUAGUUGACUGGAAAGCAGGUCAAAGAGGAGCAAGCAUUCUUUGCUUUGAUGAGAUACAGACUGUUGAUGUUUUUGCUAUUGUGGCCUUAUCUGGAAUUCUAAGCAGAUUACUGAGCAAUGGAACUGUUCUUAUUGCCACCAGUAAUCGAGCACCUAAGGAUUUAAAUCAGGAUGGUAUGCAGCGAGAGAUCUUCCAAAAAUUUAUAGCCAAGUUGGAGAAACACUGUGAGGUAGUUCUGGUUGGAAGUGAGAUUGAUUAUCGGCGCCUAAUAGCACAAAGGUCUGUAGACCAGGUCCAUUAUUUUUGGCCCUUGGAUGGCAUUACCCUGAAGGAGUUUGAGAAAACAUGGUGUCAGGUUACAGACCAAUCUGGAGGGCAGAUCACAUCAAAUACAAUACCGGUGAUGUUUGGGAGGACUUUGGAGGUUCCUGAGAGCUGCAAUGGAGUAGCACGAUUCACAUUUGACUAUCUAUGUGGUCAGCCGGUAGGUGCCGCUGAUUAUAUUGCAGUGGCAAAAAAUUAUCACACUGUUUUCAUCUCUGAUAUUCCUGUGAUGAGUAUGCGAAUUCGUGAUAAGGCACGUAGGUUUAUCACCCUUGUCGAUGAACUAUACAACCAUCAUUGCCGCCUAUUUUGUUCUGCAGCUUCAUCUAUUGAUAAUUUGUUUCAAGGAACUGAAGAGGGUACACUUUUUGAUUUGGAAAGUUUCCAGUUUGAAACAGAGACAGAAGGUUCAAAACUUCGCCGAAAUGUUCUGGCUGAGGGAAGUGUGAGUACUGGAGGUGCACCUGCUGGUAUUGUAUCCAUGCUGUCUGGUCAGGAAGAGAUGUUUGCCUUCCGCUGAGCAGUCUUCCGUUUGAUUGAAAUGCAGACACCAUUGUACCUGGAGGGAGUUGGUUUUCUUCAUCCUUAUUUCCAAAGGCAGCGCCAGGAAUUUGGGAAUGAUCAUUCAAACACCUUACAGUCUCCAGCAUCCUUGUAAGAAACAAAUUUGUUGUAAUUGCAGUACCUUACAUCUUAUUCCAUCAUAAUUUACGGGUGUCAUUCAUUCUCUUGAAAAUAAAAUCCAGAAAACAACAUAUCCAUUAAGAAUUAUAUCAAUAAACAGUAAUAAUAUUUUUGGUAGCGA